CCAAUGGAUUGCAAAACCUACCUAAGCUAACCUAACCUCACCCAAAUUAACCUAACCCUACCCAAGCUAACCUCACCUCAACCAACAGAGCGAAACACAACCUAACCUAGCGAUAAAUACAGUUUUAACAUUGAGAACAGAAGCGUAGUCGAAUCGUCUGGUGGUGUACUUGCAUGUGUGGGGCCAGAGGAGGAGGAGGACGCCAGCCAUGGAGAACAUCCCUAAGGACCUGAGGAACCUGCGGGCCUGUCUCGUGUGCUCCCUCGUCAAGACUUUGGAAAUGUUCGAGACUGAUGGCUGUGACAACUGCGAUGAAUUUUUACGCAUGAAACAGAAUCGUGACCAAGUGUAUGACUGUACGUCUUCAAAUUUUGAUGGCUUCAUUGCACUGAUGAGUCCAGAAGAUAGUUGGGUUGCAAAGUGGCAACGCAUCAAUCGUUGCUCAAGGGGAAUGUAUGCCAUCUCCAUCACGGGCAGGCUGCCAGCAACAGUUGUACGAGAGAUGAAGUCACGAGGAAUUAAGUAUAGGUCGAGAGACAUGACAAAAUUGUAAAGCAAGUUUGUUUUAUGUUAAGAUUACUUUCAUAUUUUCUUUACUCCUUAUAUUCCAUUAUAAUAUCAGGAGAAAUGUGUUAACUUAUGUUCUUAGGUGUUAAUAAAGAAGUUUUUGACA